CAAAACCCUAAUCUAAACCCUAACUUUCGUAGUUUUUUCAUUCAGCUAUAAAAGCUUCAUAUCUCCUCUGCUUUUCUUAGUUCAGUUCACUUCGUUUGCAUUUCGCCGUUCACUGCUUCCAACUUUUUGAAGAUGGCUCCUCCUAGAGGUCGUGGUGGUGCUGGAGGAGGGUUCAGGGGAAGAGGUGACAGAGGAGGUAGAGGGAGAGGUGGAUUUGGUGGAAGAGGAGGAGGAGAUAGAGGCACCCCAUUCAAAGCAAGAGGUGGUGGUAGGGGUGGCCGUGGGGGAGGAAGAGGUGGAGGUCGUGGUGGUGGAAGGGGUGGAAUGAAGGGAGGGAGCAAGGUUGUGGUUGAGCCUCACAGACACGAAGGGAUCUUCAUUGCCAAGGGAAAAGAAGAUGCCCUUGUUACAAAGAACAUGGUUCCUGGUGAGGCUGUUUACAACGAGAAAAGGAUUACUGUGCAGAAAGAGGAUGGUACAAAAGAUGAGUAUAGAGUUUGGAACCCUUUCCGUUCCAAGUUGGCGGCUGCCAUCCUUGGUGGGGUUGACAACAUAUGGAUUAAACCUGGGGCCCGAGUCCUCUAUCUUGGAGCUGCUUCUGGAACAACAGUCUCUCAUGUGUCUGAUGUUGUUGGACCGACAGGAGUUGUGUAUGCAGUAGAAUUCUCUCAUAGAAGUGGCCGUGACUUGGUCAACAUGGCAAAGAAGCGUACCAAUGUUAUCCCCAUUAUUGAAGAUGCUAGACAUCCAGCCAAGUACAGGAUGUUGGUUGGCAUGGUUGAUGUUAUAUUUUCCGAUGUUGCUCAGCCUGAUCAGGCAAGGAUAUUGGGGUUGAAUGCUUCAUACUUUCUCAAAUCAGGAGGCCAUUUUGUUAUUUCAAUCAAGGCUAACUGCAUAGACUCGACGGUUCCGGCAGAGUCGGUGUUUGCCAGUGAAGUGAACAAGCUGAAGGCAGAUCAAUUCAAACCCUUUGAGCAAGUGACACUUGAGCCAUUUGAACGUGAUCAUGCUUGUGUUGUUGGUGGAUACAGAGUGCCUAAGAAGAAAAAAGAUGCUGAGUAGAUUUGCUUGAAAAUUGUAUGCAUUGAUAUCAAAUUUUCCAGUCACAUUAGAUUUUCACUGUUAAUUUUGUAUUAUUGACUAAAAGAAUGUGUGCUCUUUUUGGUAGUAUUUAUGCCUUUGCUAGGUUUUGAUGAGAA